AAAGUCACACUAAACACAGAAAGAAGGAAGGAAAGAAAAAGGCGAGAGAGAGAUAGAGAGAUAGAGAAUCAUAUCUUUCCUCCCUAUCUUGAAACUCAAAUCAAAUCCACCAAAACAGAAUAAUCUCUAGGGUUUUCUUCUUCUUCUUCUUCCAAUCUUUUCUCUCAAAAACAAACACAGAGCGAAAGAGAGAGAGAGAGAGAGAUGGAAGGGUCGAGCAACGGAGGGAUGCUGUACCACGAGGUGCAGGAGUCGAAGCUGUGCGCCGUGCAUUGCGUCAACACGGCGCUGCAGGGUCCCUUCUUCUCCGAAUUCGAUUUGGCCGCCCUCGCCUCCGAUCUCGAUCGCAAGGAGCGCCAGAUGAUGCAGCUCAACCUCCAACCCGGAGCCAACGCCGCCGCCGCCGGCGAUUUCCUCUCCGAGGAGUCCCACAACGUCUCCCUCGACGGCGAUUUCAGUAUCCAGGUACUUCAAAAGGCUUUAGAGGUUUGGGAUCUGCAGGUCAUCCCCCUUGAUUCUCCAGUUGCAGAGCCAGCUCAGAUCGAUCCUGAGCUGGAAAAUGGGUUUAUCUGUCAUUUACAUGAUCAUUGGUUCUGUAUCAGGAAAGUGAAUGGGGAGUGGUAUAAUUUUGACAGUCUGUAUGCAGCCCCACUUCACCUUUCAAAGUUUUACCUCUCGGCCUAUUUGGACACGCUAAAGGGCUCUGGUUGGAGCAUUUUCCUGGUGAGAGGAAACUUCCCAAAAGAGUGUCCCAUCUCAUCCUCAGAAGCUUCCAACGGGUAUGGGCAGUGGCUUUCACCUGAAGAUGCCGACCGAAUAACUAAAUCCUGCAACUCCACAAAUGCUCCACGCCAGACGCAGAGAACAAAUCCUCGACAACCUUCAGACCAAUUCCUAUCUACCGAGGAAGCAGAGCUGCUAUCAGAGAUGGAAGACGAGGACAUGAAGGCUGCAAUAGCUGCCAGUCUUAUGGAUUCUUCCCCACCCGUGGUCAAUGCCGGAGCUAGCAACGUGGCCAAUGCUGGAGAUAGCAACGUGGUCAAUGCCGGAGCUAGCAACGUGGCCCAUGCCGGAGCUAGCAACGUGAUCAAUGCCGGAGAUAGCAACGUGGUCAAUGUCGGAGCUAGCAAUGUGGCCAAUGCUGGAGAUAGCAACGUGGUCAAUGCUGGAGCUAGCAAUGUGGCCAUUGCUGGAGCUAGCAAUGUGGCCAUUGCUGGAGCUAGCAACCCGCAGAAUGAAAGCUCAAACAGCCAAGAGAACAAGAUCAGCCAAGAGAAUAAAAUUGCUUGAGAAAAGUAAAGUACAUUUUUCAUUUUUUAGAUGUUAAUGUUUACUGGUUGAGGACAAUGAUCUGUGGAUCUCUAUGUCAGGUUAGAUAGUUGACUUGCAUCCUUGGCGCAAGGUCGUUGUACUUUGCAGCAUAUACAGCUCCAUUAUACCGUCAACUCCAAAUUUAAACUCAAAUUGUAAAACUAGAACAAAUAAGUUUUCCAGCUUUUUUCUUUUCUUUUCAUUGGAUAAUUACAGCGUUUUGAAUUUUUGGAUCAA